AUGGUGCACCUUACCAAGAUCAAGGAAAGUAAUGCGCAAAUCGACGAAGAGACAGCACCCCGAAUUGCAGUGUUUGUCGGCGGGACUUCAGGAAUAGGAAAAAUCACGCUGGGAGCGGUAGCGAAACUUGGAACAAAUUUCAAAGCCUAUGUCGUUGGAAGGAAAGAGAGCAAGGUGGCGUUCCAACCUUUCAUCGAAGAGCUACAUACGACGAAUCCGAAUGCGAAUAUCGUAUGGGUAGAAGGUCAGGUCACGCUGCUGUCAGAAGUAAAGCGCAUAUGCGACCAAAUCAAGAAGCUCGAAACCAGCAUCGAUUUGCUCUUCCUGACAACCGGAUACGUACCAUUUUUUGGACGAGAGACUACAUCCGAAGGCCUAGAUAUCAGCCAGGUACUAGAAUUCUACGCGCGAUUCUGCUUUACGCAAAACCUCCUUCCCCUCCUCCGCGCUUCGGAUCGCGCACGCGUAAUAAGCGUGCGUGCGGGCGGAAUGGAAACCGACUGGUUCUUCAAACCAGAUGAUUUACUACUCGAAGCGCCAGGCGCCUUCGGAGGCAUGACUACGAUGAUACAUAUGAUCAACAUGGCCACACUUUCACUCGAACGCCUCGCGGCGAUACCAGAGAACAAGAAUAUCGUCUUCAUACACGCGGCUCCAGGGAGUGUGCGGACGGGAAAUCUGUUCCGCGGGUUCAAGGAAGGGUCUUGGGGUUCGUGGGCGGCUUGGAUGUUCAUGGAUCCGGUUAUUAGGCUUAUGACGUAUAGGGAAGAGGAGGCCGGUGCGAGGUAUGUGUACCAAAUCACCAGUGCGGCUUUUGGAGGGAAGGGUGUGCCGUUGAGGGAAGGUAUUGAGGAAGGGAAGAACACGGUAGGACAGAAAGACGGAGGCUUGUUCCUGAUAUGGCAUACUUGUGAGACGACGCUGAAUGAGAAGCCGCUGGCGAGAUUGAGGGCGAGCGGCGCCCAGGACAAGGUUUGGGCCAAAACACAGGAAAUUGUUGGGCCAUAUGCUUAG